AUGGGUUCAAUCGCUGUCUCUCAGGACAGCCUCCCGUACGCUGGCCCCAAGGCGGCUAAGCAGAAGGCAGUUAAGUCAGUCGGCAAGCAUGGCGUUGACAUCAUUGAUGUUCGACGAGUUGCGGUUGAAACAAACUUGAAAGACGACAUCCUCUCCAUGUGGAACCCCACAAACGGACCCCGGAGGCUCCCAACCUUGCUGCUCUACAACGAACGGGGCCUGCAGUUGUUCGAGGAUAUCACAUAUCUCGAAGAAUAUUACCUCACCAACAAUGAGAUUGAAGUUCUGAACCGUUCCUCGAGAGAGAUUGCGCAGAACAUAUCGCCGGAGUCUAUGGUCAUUGACAAUCUUCGCAAAAUGGGGAUUCUGUUGCAGGCUUUCGAGGAUGCCGGGAAGAAGAUCGACUAUUACGCCCUGGACCUCUCACGCGAAGAGUUGGAGCGCACCUUGGCGCAAUUGCCUGAGUUUCGACACGUUCAAUGCCACGGACUGCUGGGUACCUACGAUGAUGGUCGAGAGUGGUUGAAAAAGCCCUUCAACUUGGCCCGCCCCAAGUGCAUUGUGAGCCUUGGAUCUAGUAUCGGUGGGCACUCCUCAAAGGAGCUGUUCAUCCUCAAUGGACUUACCAAUGCGAACGAGAUUCUCGGCCAAGAAGCUUUCAAGCUCAAAGAUUGGGAGGUCAUUGGAGAGUAUGUCUACGACGAUGAGGGUGGCCGCCAUCAGGCUUUCUUCUCUCCAGUCCGAGACACAUACGUUUUGGGUACUCUAAUCAGGCAGCAUGAGCGAAUCCAGGUCGAGCAGAGCCUGAAGUACUCCCAACGUGGAGCCGAAAACCUCUGGAGCAUGGCAGGUCUGAUCGAGACCGGCCGUUGGACCAAGGGCGAUGAGCAUGGAUUACACAUGAUCUCGAAGAGAAAGAUGCCUUUCAGCCUGCUCCCCUAUCUCUAUGCAUCUUCUCCCUGUCCUUCGUUGAGCGACUGGGAGGCGUUGUGGACGGCCUGGGACGCCGUUACACAGAGCAUGCUUCCCAGAGAAGAGUUGCUGGAUAAGCCAAUCAAGCUUCGGAACGCCUGCAUCUUCUACCUCGGUCAUAUCCCCGGCUUCUUGGACAUCCAAUUGACAAAGACAACCAAGAAACCAGCCACUGAGCCGGCGCAUUUCCAGCCAAUGUUUGAGCGAGGCAUUGACCCCGAUGUCGACAACCCCGAGAAAUGCCACUCUCACUCCGAGAUUCCGGACGAAUGGCCUGCUGUCGAAGAGAUCAUCGAGUACCAGCGGAGCGUGCGCUCGAGACUCCGAAGUCUUUACAAAGACGGUACCGAUAAUAUUCCCAGGCCAAUUGCACAAGGCAUUUGGGUCGGCUUUGAGCACGAGAUCAUGCACAUGGAGACUCUCCUCUACAUGAUGAUCCAAAGCGACAAGACUCUUCCGCCGCCUGAUGUCGAGCGGCCGGACUUCAAGCGCCUAGCCCAGAAGGCUCACCAGGCACGUGUUGCUAACGAAUGGCACGAUAUUCCCGCUCAGUCCAUCAAGGUCGGCAUGGACGAGCCUGCACUUGAUGCCGGCAUCAACGGCUACUUUGGGUGGGACAAUGAGAAACCGUCCAGAAGAGUCGAUGUUCACUCAUUCCAGGCCAAGGGUCGGCCGAUCACUAAUGAGGAGAAGUACGCACAAUACAUGUUCGAGAACCACAUCGAGCAGGUUCCCGCUUCUUGGGCUGAUGUUCAUGCCUCGGAGUCCGACACCAAGACGAACGGUCACACGAACGGCUUCGGCAACGGCCACUCCAAUGGACACACUAACGGUCACACCAACGGACACGCCAACGGACAUGCUAACGGACACACAAAUGGUCACGUCAAUGGGAACACAAACGGUGCGAAGAAUGGCGUCAAUGGCGUCAACGGUCACAGAAACGUUUCUCUACCCGAUUCGUUCCUCGAGGGCAUGGCUGUUCGCACAGUCUACGGUCUUGUGCCGCUCAAGUAUGCUCUGGACUGGCCCAUCUUCGCAUCUUACGAUGAGCUGUCCGGUUGCGCCGCAUGGAUGGGCGGUCGUAUGCCAAGCUUCGAGGAGGCCCGAAGCAUUUACACAUACGUCCACAACCUGAAGAAGAUGGAAGCUGAGCGCACCCUCGGACGAACGGUUCCGGCAGUUAACGGACAUCUCUCCAACGACGGUGUUGAGGAGACACCCCCAAAGCUUGCCUCCCUCGAGGCCGAGAAGGUUCGCUCUGAACUCUUCAUGGACCUCGACGGCGCCAAUGUUGGCUUCCAACAUUGGCAUCCCGUCCCCGUGACGGCCAAUGGCGGUCGUCUCGCGGGACAAGGCGAGCUCGGUGGCGUCUGGGAGUGGACCAGCACGCCCCUUGCUCGGCAUGAAGGCUUUGAGCCCAUGCCUUUGUAUCCCCAGUACACUGCCGACUUUUUCGAUGGCAAGCACAACAUCGUUCUCGGCGGCUCUUGGGCUACUCACCCGAUCAUCGCUGGACGCCGAUCCUUUGUCAACUGGUAUCAGCGCAACUACCCCUAUGCCUGGGCCGGUGCCCGUAUUGUGAGGGACAUUAAAUAA